GGGAAGUUACGCUACUUCAUCAAAAUAAGAGAAAAAGUGUAACGAUGUUAAAUUGCGAUUUUUAACCUAAACGUUCCUCGCGAAAUAGCGUUUCUCGGAUUCAAGGAUUCGAAGAAUUCAACAUCUUUAUCUACUGAAUUUAUGUUCAGUAACAAUUUAAACAAUGGGUAAACACGAAGUGGGGACACCCAAGUAUAUUGCCAACAAAAUUAAGGCAAAGGGCUUGCAAAAGUUGAGAUGGUAUUGUCAGAUGUGUCAAAAACAGUGCAGAGACGAAAAUGGAUUCAAGUGCCACACAAUGUCAGAGUCUCAUCAUAGACAACUAUUAUUAUUUGCUGAUAAUGCAAGUCGUUAUAUGGAUCAAUUUUCAAGAGAGUUUUCUCAGGGUUAUCUAAAUUUAUUAAAAAGACAAUUUGGUACCAGACGUGUGCCUGCUAAUCGUGUCUACCAAGAAUACAUAGCAGACAGAACACAUAUACACAUGAAUGCUACCAUUUGGCUUACAUUGACUGCUUUUGUUAAGUGGCUGGGACGUUCUGGACAAUGUGUAGUUGAUGAAACAGAAAAAGGUUGGUAUGUAACAUACAUUGACAGAGAUCCAGAAACAUUGGCUGCUCAAGAAAAGAAAGCUAAGAAACAAAAAAUGGACAAAGAUGAUGAAGAGAGGAUGAUGGAAUUCAUAGAAAAGCAAGUUGAAAAGGGUCAGCAGGAGGAUAGUGGACUUAGUGAGACUUUUAAGGAGCCACUGACACGACCAGAGAAUGAUACACCUUUAGUUCUUGAAAUGAAAAUAAAUAAAAAACCAAAGUUACUUCCUAUUAUAAAGCAAGAAAAAAGAAGUAAGAGUUCUAUCAGUAGUGAGUCAGUUUCUAUGAUUUCUGAUAUAAAACAUGAAGAGUUAGAUGAUGAUUACACAGAUAAGGAGACCAAUUCAAUAAAAUCAGAAAAACUUAGAUCUACUUUUAGUGAGGAUGAUAAUGAAGAAGGAUGGUUGAGGGAGGGAUUAAUGGUGAAGGUAAUCACCAAGAGACUUGGGGAUAAAUAUUAUAAGUCCAAAGGUGUAGUUCAAAAAACUGAGAAGUCUAACUUCGUUGGAAAAGUAAAAUUAAAAUCACCAGAAGAAGUUCAGAAUCAUGUCAUAAAGUUAGAUCAGGAGUAUCUAGAGACUGUAAUACCUGCCAUUGGAAAGGAAGUCAUGAUUCUUUGGGGAAAACACAAGGGCAUGAGGGGUGUAGUGCAUAAAAUUUAUGUAGAACACUACAGUAUUGAUGUAAAAUUAGAUCGGAAUGAUACUGUUGUAAGAAAAUUGCCAUAUGAACAAGUUUGUAAAUAUGUAACGUGA